AUGCCUCUGCUGUACGUGCGGGCUGUAGUCCCCUUUGAGGCCGGGGCGAAUGCCACCGAUGUGCUCAUCAACGAGGUCCAUUUCAAUCGAACCGCGUUAAAUUACUAUCACUACACGCUUUUCAGCAAUGGGACUCUCUCCAAUGGUACGGACUGCUAUCUCGCCUUUAAUCAAUUCCAACCACACAUGAACGAGAAUGGGACAUUCGUGAACGGGACCUCCUGUUAUGCACCCAUUCGGGAUAUGGGUCGACAUGCGUCGGCCGGCCUGGCUUUUGCCUUCAUGUUUGUCUUCGCCAUUGUUUUCACCUUGAUCAACAUGCGCAAGCAUAGCCGGCGGUACCUGCCUGCUGAUCGCCGGUGGACACUCCUGGGCCGUCGGGCGAAAUGGAUCUGGAUGCUUUUCAUUGCCGCCUGCGGCACCAUUAGCUGCUUCAUGAGCAUCGACGUGGAUCGGGGGUACAUCGUGAGCGUCCCGUUGAUUCUGCAGAGUGUGUUCUACACGCUGUUGACGCCGGGGAUGAUGGCCGCGGUAUGGGAGGCGGUGCGGCACUGGGGCUCCUGGCAAGAGCGACAGAUCUACGAUCGGGAUCCGUACGCAUUUCAAGUAUCCAGCAGCCGGCAAGGGCAGGAGUUUGUGCUCCCGCUCGUCUUUUACGGAUGCGCUUUGGCCAAUUUUGUCUUGACCGUUCCGCGCUCCUGGACUGCCAUUGAGAUGCAACGCAGUCUCGACCAACAGCUCAAUGAAGCCAAGCCAGUGGCUACAGAUGUACGAUGGCGUGCUGCCGGAUUUGUCGCAAUAGCUGGCGUCUUAGUGAUCUGCUACAGCCUGGAGCACAGCAUCUACCGCUACCGGGCGCGACCGACCAGUACCAUAGGUCAGCUCUUAUUCUACCUGAAUGCGGCUCCAUCGCAAUUCCUUAUAGCUAUUGUGUUGCUUGGCAUAAAGAUCGGCUACGCUAUUGCUUCUGCCUUCGACUGGACGAUAUCCCCCUUGAGAUACGGGGUCGAUUCUGGAUGGUUUUACGGGCUGGGAUACACACCGGUGCUGCUCUUGCUCAUUCUGUUCAACAUCUGUGGAUUCUGUGAGCUGAAUGAGGAUAAAGCCUUGAUCGUGCAGCGAGACGAAUUCGACCAUGCAGUUGCCGAUGCUGUGGGUGUCGGGCAGAGGAAGCCCAGCUGGUGGAAGAAGAGCCGUACCUUCGUUCGAGAGCUUAGUGACCAUCACCGACGCCAGGGCUCGCAGCAAGACGAUCGUGAUAUGGGUCGGUUUGUGGAGAUGGGGAUCAUCAAGCCACGAGAGCAACCGCAGGAUGACGAACCCAAGCCAGAGACAUGGGUGACGACGCGGACUGCCAGUCAGGGUAGUGAGUCGACUACGGUGGCGCAUACGGAGAGCAAUCCGGAGAGCAGCCCAGCGUAUGUCGAGUAUACAUUGCAGCAAGAAUUGUCUCGGGAUUCUUCUAAUGAGACAGAUGUACAUGGGCGCCCACAGACUGGGAGGGACAUAUUGGGAUAA